UCGUUUUCUCUUUUCUCCCCCUCAGAUGGCGUUUGUCACUCAGGAACAGAUUUCUCAGUACCACAAAGAUGGAUUCCUGGCUCUGGAAGGGUUUUUCACCUCUGAGGAGUGUGAUGCAAUGCGGAACCAGAUCCAAAAGAUCAUUGCUGGAAUGGAUGUGCCCCCUCACUGCCGCACCGAAUUCUCAACAAAGCAUGAAGAACAGCUCCAGGACCAGGGAAGUGCAGAAUAUUUCCUAACCAGUGGAGACAAAAUCAGGUUCUUCUUUGAAAAAGGUGUUUUUGAUGACAAAGCAUUACAUGCCUAUGACGUUGUCUUCAAGCAAAUGACUCAUGCCCCAAAAGUACAGGCCCUGGCGAGGAAACUUGGCAUUGAGAACCCCGUGGUGGUACAGAGUAUGUAUAUCUUCAAGCAACCUCACAUUGGUGGUGAAGUGACACCCCAUCAAGAUGCCACCUUCCUGCAUACAGAACCCUUGGGCAGGGUUGUGGGUAUCUGGAUUGCCCUGGAAGAUGCCACAGAGGAGAAUGGCUGUUUGUGGUUCCUGCCUGGGUCUCACACAAGUGGGAUCACAAGGCGCAUGGCUCGAACUACCCCAGGCACAAUACCAUGCACUCAAUUCAUUGGCUCUGAGCGGGAAUAUGACAGCAGUCGAUUCAUUCCUGUGCCGAUUGGGAAAGGUGGUCUCAUUCUGAUCCACGGAGAGGUGGUCCAUAAAAGCGAAGCAAAUUGCUCAGAAACCUCUCGCCAUGUCUAUACCUUCCAUUUGAUGGAGGCAAAGGACACAAUCUGGAGCGAAGACAACUGGUGA